CACUAUUCGGAGUACCUGGUGACAGCCAUCAACAACCCGCGCAGCCUCUCGCUGGACUCCUUCCUGCUCAACCACAGCUUCGAGUACAACCUGGCUGCCCUCUCCUCUUGGGUGGAGUUCACGCUGGAGAAGUUCCUCUUCCCAGAGCUGAAGCAGAUCACGUGGCUGAGCACGGUGGGGCUGCUGAUGGUGAUCUUCGGGGACUGCCUGCGCAAGGCAGCCAUGCUCACCGCUGGCUCCAACUUCAACCACAUCGUGCAGAACGAGAAGUCCGACACGCACACCCUGGUGACGAGCGGGGUGUACGGCUGGUUCCGGCAUCCCUCCUACGUGGGCUGGUUUUACUGGAGCAUCGGGACACAGGUGUUGCUCUGCAAUCCCAUCUGCGUGGUGGGCUACACACUGGCGUCCUGGCGCUUCUUCAGGGAGCGGAUCGAGGAGGAGGAGAUCACACUCAUUCACUUCUUUGGAGAAGAGUACCUGGAGUACAAAAGGAAGGUGCCAUCAGGUCUCCCUUUUAUUAAAGGAGUCAAAUUGGAACUGUAACGCAGGUGGAUACCAGACUGGCUGAGCACACACCUGGCUC